GCGACGGCAAGCUGAUGUGUCAAAAUGCUAUAGCAGAAGAGUGGCGUGGAAAUCAGCAAAUUUAGGUACAGCGCAACUGAACACUAACGUUUUAUAGUAAAUCGGGAUCGGAACACGUUGUAUCUUGCUGGAAUCUGACUGUGACUGUGCUGGCAGCAGUUUCUGUGGAAGAAGAGGUAUUAAUGGCAGCUGCUGCCCUGAAGCUGGGCGAGCAGAAAGGCGAAAAAAUGGGGUUGCCAUGUGAAAAGGAUACAGAUGACAAACCAGCACAGAUUAACCAUGAGGGUGAAGGAGCAACUCAGGAUUCAGGACAAACACCUAGCUCUGAGGUUCCCCCAGGUGUGGAUCAGAAAAACCCGCUUAAUACAGAGGGAACCCAAAAGAAGCAAGAAUCUAAGGCAAAGACGCCCGCCAAAAGGAGAAGAAAGGAAAUCGUUCCACAAACUCCACCACAACAUGACAAUUCAGCAGUCUCUGAUACUUCUGAACUCACUUCUAGUGGCCGGCCCAAGAGGAGAGCUGCUAAAGUUGCUUUAGAUUAUCUCCACAACCUUGCCAAGGAUCUUGGUGCUCCAUCAGAAUCCUCCACGAAAAAUACGUCCAAGUCGGGUGAAGCGGAUGGCGCUGACCAGAAAAAGAAAACGCCAAGAGGGACGAAAAGAAAAACUCCGGCUGAUGAAAGCGACUUGGAUGACGAUGAGGACUUUUCUCCAGGAAACGACGAAGAGGAGGAAGACGACGAAGAAGAUUCUGAGCCAGACUUCAGCUUGACCGUGGAGCGCAGAUUAUCCAGACCAUCCAAACCAUCCAGCAGACCAUCCAGUAGACCAUCCAGCAGACCACCCAGAGGAAAUUAUCAUUGUCUGCUUCCAAACGGACUGGCUAACAAUGUCAUGGAGCCUGUUUGGAACUGUUUUAGUAGGACCAAAAAAUUCCGGGAUGAAAACCUUUCCCCCUGGGUAUUUCCGGAGUGGAUUCCUUCUGCCAAAGAUUGGCAUUUUCUGUCUAACAGUGAGGCUGAAAAAUAUUUACCCCAAGAGAAAGAAUCUGCUUCUUUUACCUUUACGCGGGAAAACAUCAAGGGACAGAUCAAUCUGCAAACAGUGAAGAGGUUUGAAUCAUUGCCACAUCAUUCUGAGCGCUGGGAUGCUCUGUUCUUUGUGGGGGGUCCUGUGCGGUCCUUGGAGUGGUGCCCAUGUCCUGACGGGGCGGCAAAGAGACAGUAUGCCGCCAUCUACUGCCACAAGGGCAUGGACGACGAACACAAAAUCAAUAAGCUACACACAGGUCCUGCCUUACUGCAGCUGUGGGACAUCGGAAACCUUCAGUGCAAAAGCAGGCCCUCAACUGUUCCUCAUCUAGCAUAUGCUUUGGCGUUAGAUGAUGGAUGCAUCUGGAAUAUAAGGUGGUGUCCUGCGGGAGCCUGGGAGCUGCCCUCUACCAGCAGAAAGGCUCCACAAAUGCCUAGAUUAGGGGUUCUAGCAGCAGCUUUUUCUAAUGGAACCAUUGGUGUCUACAGUCUUCCACACCCAGAAGCCCUUGCAGCACACCAUCAGAGUAAAGGAGAAAGCAGCCAAGCACCGCUGAUAUGCCGGGUGAAAAAGGUUCUGACUUUGAAGAUGGGCUCUAACCAGGCAGAUCAUAAAGGUCAAAGUGGUUUGUGCUUUGCUAUGGAUUGGCUCCAUGUCAAACCACAUAACAUCUUGGCUGCUGGCUUCUACGAUGGUCUGGUUGGUUUGUGGGAUCUUGCUAGUAAAUCUACGCUACUCAAAGUCAGGUCUCCAGAUGGAGUUGUGUCUCUCUACCCUUACCACUGUUUCCAUGCUCAUGAUGAAAACAUCCGGACACUGUGCUGGUGCAGAGCCUCAAGCAACUUGUUGGUGACAGUCGGAGAUGACCGCAUGGCUAAAAUGUGGGACGUGAGAAAAACCUACGUGCCUCUUUUGGCUGUAAAGCGCUGCUUGUCCCCUGAAGUUUACUGGCCUCAGUUUUGGAGCGGCAUCCUGAUGGCUCAAGAGUGUUGCUUUGCCACGUUUGGACAACAUGGAGUUCACUAUUUUGAUUCAGGAUACCUUGGAAUCAAGCCUUACUUCGUGUGUCCUAGAAAAGCCACUAUUUGGAGCCUUUCUAUGUCUGAUUGGAUGAAUGCUUUUGCCGUUGCGGACAAUGGAGGAGAUUGUUUAUUUAGUUUGCUUCCUGAAAUGGAUAUCGACCCCAACACUAUCAGACGACGGAAAUAUUCGGUGUAUAGGACGGACAUGGUCCAGUUUGAACCCAGUCACAGGCCUGGAAAUGAGGAACAGGAGGAGGAGGAGGAAGUGGAAAAUAAUGCAAGUAAUCCUAGGAAGGAGCCGCUGAGCUACAAAGGAGCGAUCAGAAAGUACUAUCUCCACUUUCAUGACUUGGACCUGGGGAACUUUGCUAAGUGUGAAAAUCGGCCCAUGAUGAAGCACCUGCAGCAGCAUGAGGUCAAAGGUGUUGCAAAAGUGGACCAGAUGCCACUGAGCGCACUCUACAAGGUCCGUUUUAACCCAAACAUGGAUGCGUAUAAUUGGAUCCUGUCGGGCGGGCAGUCGGGUUUGGUGCGUGUGAACUGUGCACGUGGACUGAGCUGCACUGUGAUGCUCAAGCAGCUGCGUGAAGCUCAAGCCCAGUUCGGUGCCAUGUUCCAGUCUCAGGAGCUCGAUGACUCUGCAACAGCUGUCCGUCACAGCACAGCGGAUACAGUACAAGUGCACUAGUUUCUACCCACACCUUCUCAGCUCUAUCCUGAAAUGAACUGUGCUGUCAUAAAAGGCUGAGAGACUUUUAUUUUUAGAAGACUGAUGACACACUUUUUAUCCUUAACUUAUUUUGAAAGAAGGAAAACUAUUUUGAUACAAGCCUCUGUAUAUUGCUGUUUUUAUAUUUUUGUGUUGUUUUGUUUUUAGUGCUGUACAGAGGGAAAACUUUUGAACUUCUUUGCACCAUUGUGAGGGUCAGACAGAAAGUCUGUUUGUGUUGGUUUUAGUUUAAUAUCAAUAGUUUAAUCUCAAUACGUUGUCCUUUUUCCAAGGUAUGUGCGGAGAAUGAAAUCAUCAGCACUUGUGUAGUACCCGUGUCAUUUACAGGAAGUGUUAUCCUCUGUUUCCUCCUGUUCCAGUUCAGUGCUUUAUUGCAUAGAGGCCCGUUUCGUCAACUGAAUAUGAAAUUAAAAUAGGUAACUGCGACUUUUUACCUCACAAUUCUGACUUUUCUUGCAAAUGCGAGUUUACAUCUCACAAUUCAGACUUUUUUUUUCUUAAGUAUUGUGAGAUAUUAACUCGUAAUUGCAAGCAAAAAGUCAGAAUUGCAUGAUAUAAACUUGCAAUUGCGAGUUAUAAAGUCUGAAUUGUGAGACUUAAAUGAGCAAUUCAGAGAAAUUCAGAUAUAAACUCACAAUUUUGACUUUAUUCUUAGAAAUGCGAGUUUAUACCUCACAAAUGUGACUUUAUAUCUCGCAAUUGUGACACUUUUUCUCAGAAUUGCAAGUUUAUAUCUCACAAAUGUGACUUUUUUUUUUCCUCAGAAUUGAGUUUAUAUCUCACAAUUGUGACACUUUUUCUCAGAAUUGCGAGAUUAUAUCUUGAAAUUGACUAGUUUUUUUCUCAGAAUUGAAAGUUUACGCCUUGCAGUUGACUUUUUCUAAGAAUUGUGAGUUUAUAUCUUGCAAUUGUGACUAUUUUUUACGAAUUGUGAAUUUAUAUCUCGCAAUUCUAACUUUACAACACAGUCGUGAGUUAAGUCAGAAUUGCGAGAUAUAAACUUGCGAUUGUGAGAACAUAUCAGUCUUUUAUUUCCCCUUAAAACUGGACUUUAUAACUUGCAAUUGCAAGUUUAUAUCUCACAAUUAUUUAUUUAUUUAUUUAUUUUUUAGAAUUGUGAGAUACGAACUUGCAAUUGUGAGAAAAAGUCAGAAUUUUGACUUUUCUAUCUCGCAGUUAUUACUUUAUAACUCACAAUUGCAAGUUUAUAUUCCGCAGUUCUGAUUUUAUAACUCGCAUUUGCGAGUUUAAAUCACUCACUUGAGAAAAACCGUCAGAAUUGUGAGAUAAAAAGUCAAUAACAUGUUUUUAUUUGAAUUUUGUAUUUGCUAUUUGCUAGCCUGUUCUCUUAGUUAUCAUAUCAAGAUCUGUUUUUCCCUUUAGUGCUAGCUUUCUUAUUCUGAAUCUUAAUUUUAAAGGAACAGUAACACAUAAAUUAAACGUCAUCAUGAUGUCAUUCCAAAUCCUUAUGACUUUAUUUCUUCUGUGGUUACAGAUUCUCUAAAUGUAUAAGUUUGUGGCCUCAUCUACAUAUAUUCAAAUAUUGGGCCUUUGAAUAUAGUAUGUUAGUUCUGAUGUCAUUGCAACUGACCAAUCAUUGACGACUACAUAUCCAAUCACAGUGCGGCAUUGCGAAUAAGAUGAGAAGAUUAUUAUUAACCUUAAUUUGGGCCUGUUUCUGUUCAUAUGGAGCAAGUACUAUAGUGAAAUAUUUGCAUUCUGUGGAUUUUCUUGUUUAUGUAAGUUAUUUUCUAAAAUUUUGGUCAUUUUGAAGCUUUAGAGGCCAGAUUCCUAUUCACUUUCUUUAUAUGGAAAGGAGAGUCUGUUACAUUCAUGAACACGUCUCCUUUUGUGCUCCACAGAAGGAAUAAAGUCAUACAGGUAUGGAAAAACAUGAGGGUAUGUAGACAAAAUGUUGUCCAUUUUUGUUAUUAUUCCUACCCAUUUCAAGUUAUUACCUCUUUUCCGCCUUGUACGUUCUUCUUACUCAGGUCUAGCCAGAGUUGUAAGGGCAUCGUGGACUCUGCUGAUAAUUGCAGCCUGCAUGUGAGUUAAUGUUGUCCCUGAACCAAUAGCACUCUGACGUUAAGAUCAGAUGCGCCUUGAUAUCCGCCUCAUAAUUCAUGACCUCAAUUUUGUCUGAGUGAAUAUAAUUGACUCCGGUGAUGAGAAUCUGGAGAGGUGCCAGUCAGAUUAAUGCUGCUGUGGUCUGUCAGAUUAGAUUAAAUAAGGAAGCUUAUUAUAAUGGAUUUCAAUUCAGUGUGUUUUCAUUCUCACUGUGAGGCUUGGGAUGUGUUUAGUAGUUUUUGGCUCUUUUAUUAGUAAAUAUUCAUGUUUUGUAAAUUAUAUUUCUUUUGUACUGUUUACUAGAUUGUUUACAGCUACAGAAAAGUGUAAUUUUGUUUCUUCGUCAUCAUUUUAGAUAAACUGCAUAUUUAUCACUCAUUAGAACAUGGUGUAGUUAUUCUUGUGAGAGACACUGCAAACAUUUGAUUUGCAUGAUUUUAUUACAGAUUACAAAAAUCAUACACAUUAUGUAACAGAUAUAAAAUUAAAAGCAUGUAAAAUCAUUAAUUUCUGGUUAUAUAGUGGCUUUAUGUGGUCACAUAAAGGAUAAAACAUUUACACACAGACUUUUAUAGACGGAUAAGUUUAUACAAGAAGCAAAUUUAUAUACUGUACACUUACACAAAUCUGAGGCACGACGAAAAUAAUCAUGUCGAUUAUUUACAGUUUCCACAGAACAACAUUAAUGUCUUUCACUUCAUGACACAAAAUGCAAUGUCAAAAACAUGACCGGUGAUGUACCAUCUCACACUCUGCUAUCAGUUUUGAAGCUUUCAUUAGGUUGAGUGCACCUGCAUCUGAAAUUGAUUCUGGAUUAAUCAUAUGACGCUGUGUGUACAAUAUUCAGACUAAGCCUCUAACAGAUUCUAGCA